CCCGCCCUCUCGGCUCUAGGCUCUUCCGGGUCCCCGGAAACUGCCCUGUUCGGUCCCGGUCGGGUCCACUCCGCCUGGGGAGCUGGUUACAACUGCUGCAAGCGGGUUGUUUGCUUGUUCUGUGAGCCACAGCGUCGGGCCAUGGAGGGGGACGGCCCCGCCACCGCCGCCGCCACGGCCCCGCAGUACCAGCCGGCCUGCCCUACGCGGGACGCGUGUGUCUACAGCAGCUGCUAUUGUGAGGAAAACAUUUGGAAACUCUGUGAAUACAUCAAAACCCACGACCAGUAUCCCUUGGAAGAGUGUUCCGCUGUCUUCAUAUCAAAUGAGAGGAAGAUGGUACCUAUUUGGAAACAGCAGGCAAGACCUGGGAAUGGACCUGUGAUCUGGGAUUAUCAUGUCGUUCUGCUUCAUGUGUCAAGUGAAGGACAGAGCUUCAUUUAUGACCUUGAUACUAUUUUGCCAUUUCCCUGCCCUUUCGACAUUUACGUAGAAGAUGCCCUUAAGUCUGAUGAUGACAUUCAUCCACAGUUUAGGAGGAAAUUUAGAGUGGUCCGUGCUGAUUCCUACUUGAAGAACUUUGCUUCUGACCGGUCUCACAUGAAAGAUUCCAGUGGGAACUGGAGAGAGCCUCCUCCAGCGUACCCCUGCAUUGAAACUGGUGAUUCAGAAAUCAAGGUGCAGAAAACAGGAUUGGAGGGCAGAAGUACUCUUGGGGAGAAUAAAUGCUGGGGGACAGAGCCGUGACCGUAGCAAACUGCUCGAUUAUUGGAUACAUUUGCUGGGAUUCUGGCAUCACAUCUGUGUGUCACCCAACAGCGCUAUCAGUAGUAGCACAUUGCCAAGGUGGGGUUUCACAUACUGGUAAAAGACAUCCCCAGUGCGUCCUUCUGCGUGGGAAAUGCCAUUUUAGUAACCUCGUAAUAAAACCGGCAGUAAGAGAGCUUUAUCACACCACUUGCUUCCUCCUGUGCUUCUAGGCAGCCAUCCAGUUGAGAAUGCCUUGAGAGCUCAGAUCAUAGCAGGUUAUUCACCCUUUUACUGUUGCUCGGCAUUCGCGUGCUUUUGAAACAUUACCUGUGAUUGUAAGUCAUUCACAGCAUUCCACUUAGGGGUGAGAUCAUCCCAUCCUGUGGCUAACGCAAUCCACAGGAAAGAGCCCUGCAGGCUCUGUGGGCCUCUGCAGAAACAGAGCAGGGGCACCACUAGCUCUUGGAGGAAGAAAGCAAAAAAUAUUUAGCGUAUUUGAAGGGGGUGAACAUUUAAAGAGGGUUUUGCCUGAGUUCUGAGUCUCUCAGUGAGAGGCUUCAUAAUGAAAGAAAAACCCAAACAACCCCAAACUGUGUGAUUGCUUUCCCGUAUCCCAUCUGCUUCCCCGCUUGCACAUUGGAACUAUGAAAACAGUGUUAGAAGAGGGCUUCCUGGGUUUACCUCAUUGUCUCAGGUGCCCCACUACACAGGGGCUAGCCUGGACACACAGUGCCUUCAGCAGGCACCCAUUUCUCUUAUAGAUGUGGAUUCUUACAGCCCAGUACAUGGUAGGUAAUCAGCACAUGGGACCUUCUCAGGAUCUGGUCCUUUUUGGCUCAGUCCUUUGGCUUGGAUGGCAGCUCAUUCAAUGUCAUUACUCACUUUGUGCCAGGCUUUGGUUAGCUUCUGCACAUAUGAAUGUAAUUUAUACUGUGAUCUGGGUGCUGGGGCUCACACCUGGCUCCUCUGCAGGAACAAGUUCUCUUAACCACUGAUCUGUCUUUCCAGCUACUCCUAUUUAUUUGUUUGAUUUUUUAUUUAUUUUA